GGCAAUAAUAAAAUAAUAUUCAAUGUCUAUUUCAAUUGGAGCAAGAUAUGGAAAAUUAAAUUGAUAACAAAACAAUGGGAUUUGCGAAAGCAUGUUGAAUUGAAAGCAAAUACCACCCCAUCAAUUUUCGAUUGUCACAGUGAGGUCAGGUUGACUCCUUGUUGUCCAAAACACAAGGGCUGGAUUUAGUUCAAGAGGUUGAAAGUAUCAAGAACAGACAUGGGACCAACAGCACCAUCUAAAUCAGUUGUUAAGGAAGAGCCCUCAUGGUCGAACAGCGCAGUGAGCGAGGCAGACAUACCUGCCGACCUGCACUCUGAACAUGCAGUUAAAGAAGAGGCCCUGGCACCGGAGCAUAUAAAGAAGGAGCCUUCGUGUGAGGCUGACCCGCUUGCCAACCUGUACUCUGAACAUGAGGUUAAGGAAGAGUUUGUGCUGGGACCGGAGACCAUGCAGCGGCCUAAAACGGUCUACACAUACUGCGUACCAGUCGAGGUGGACGUGAAGCAGGACCCCGCGGGGGCGAGGGGGACAGCAGUAGAGUCUGAGAGCGAGACUGCACCAUGCGGGAGUGAGACCGCACGAGAACCACAGUUUAAUAACAGCCUGACGUCGAUAGAAACCGUCGAGGUGGAGCCGGAGACGGAGGAGACUGCAGGCGAGAGUGGGAGCAAGACAAAAGGGUCGAGUGAUAAACUAAUACUCAAGGCUUACAUCUGCGACACGUGCCAAAAAAUGUUUUCAAAUGCAUACCAUUUGAACAGACAUUCAAGAGUCCACACAGGAGAAAAACCAUACACCUGCACCAUCUGCCAUAAUAAGUUCGCCAAUUCGCGGAAUUUAAAUCAUCAUCUACGAAUACACACUGGGGAAAGACCGUACGAGUGCAGUGUGUGUGAAAAAAAGUUUACAAAUUCGAGUUCUUUGCAUGUACAUGAGCGUAUUCACACGGGAGAGAGGCCACACUCGUGCGGAACUUGUGGGAAGCAGUUUGCACAAAGAAGCACGUUGGUACUUCACGAACGAACGCACACUGGGGAAAAGCCUUACGAGUGCAAGAUAUGUCCAAAGACCUUUAUAAAGUUGGCCAAUUUAAAGUUACAUGAGCGAUCACACAGAGGGGAGAAACCAUACGCAUGUAAACAAUGUGACAAAAGAUUCACACAAUCGAUGAAUUUGAAGCUACAUGAACGAAUCCACAGGCAAGAUACACCUGAAACGAUUUUGCAUCAGCAGAUCUGUACGUGUUCUAACAUGUCGUGUGAUCGUCACCAAUAAAGGUUAUGAAUCUUAAAAGCGUUUAGCAUGAAUCGGUAAAGUCUGCCAAAGACUAGACUAAUAGACUAGUUCACGUAGUUCAGCUUUGAAGAGCUCUAUUAUGUAGCCCAAAAAAAGGGGUCCCUAUUGUUUCCCAUACAGUUUUAAGUCAUAAUGUAUUGUUUGUCCACAUUUUCGUUAGUCAAUUUAGUUUUUCUCAGAAACGCGUAACUUUUCAGGAUUGCCAUUAAACAAACCUAACCUAUCUAUAGGAUAACCUUAGGAAAAUCCUGAAAAGUUAACGGUUUCAGAAUUAUGACUAAUGAUAAUAUGACAAUCAUUACAUUAUGACUUUCAAUAAUUAUGUCAAACAAAGGGACCCCGUAAAAACGAUGUAGAGAAUAUAUACGUCGCGAUCAAAUAGGAGAGACAGAACGAAUUCUUAGUUUAAACCAUUUAACUAAUUAGGCAUUUAGAUUUCGACUCUUUUGUGGAUAGACAGUUCGAAUCAUGCGAAGCGAUUAUUAAUAAAAUAAAAACAGCUAAAAGCAUGUUGGACCAUGCUCAGUGUACCCUUUGUCACAUUAGGCGGCCUUGGACGGGGGCUAUUACACAACAUUCACAACAAGCAAAUGUAAAGCUGCGUUAAGCUACCACACGAAACGCUGCAUGCGUUUUGAAAAUAAACUUGUUAAAUUAAUUAGAAAAAAAGUAUUUUCAAAUACUAAGGUACCAAAAGAAAGUAUCUAAAUACAAGAUACAUUUUUUUUAUAUAAGCAUUUCAAAUACAAGAUGAGGAUAAGGCACAUCUCUGGU